UGCAGGAUGAGAUGCACCUGCUGUAACAAGGCAGCCGAGGAGCACAUUUAGGAGCUUCAGAGCUGUCGGACACUUUUCUUUUAAGCUGAUUUGGGUCAACGGCGGAAACCCUGGGUCCUCUCCGAGUCAGCAGCCCAGCAGAACCCAUGGACCAGGUAUCAAACCGGUCCGGAGUGGGGAGUGAUGACAUCACAGAUGAAUCUGCAUCCCUGAUGGACUUCAAACUCAGCUCAGAUGAAGAUAGCUCUGAUAAUCAGGGUACGUGUCUUGCGGUGCCUCAACCUCCUCUGCAGAGCUACAAACUGAGGUUGGAGGAGUUUAAGAAGCUGUUCAAAGAAAUCCCAGAAAUGCUCAUAUUGGACUAUCCAUGUGCCCUCCACCGGGACAUUCUUCUCCAGGGACGCCUCUACGUUUCGGAGAACUGGAUCUGUUUCUACAGUAAUGUGUUUCGUGGCACAAAGAUCAUACUAAAUCUAAAGGACAUCACGACAAUGUCCAGAGAGAAAACGGCUCUAUUCAUCCCAAACGCCAUUCAGAUCUGCACGAAUACAGAGAAGUUCUUCUUCACGUCCUUCUCAGCCAGAGAGAAAAGCUUUAAGGUUGUUUUUUACAUGUGGCAGAACACCUUAUCAAACAAGCCCCUGAGCCGCCAAGAGUUGUGGCAGAUGGUCAGACAGCAUUAUGGGUCUGAGCUGGGUCUGAGCAAUGAAGAGAUGGAGAGUUUACAGGUUUCAGCAGAAGUCAACAUGCAGACCAGUUUUCAGUUGAAAGCUGGUAGUGAAGAUGGUUCCAGCAGACUGGAGCGCCCCCACUCUCUUCGCCUUCCAGGGGUGGACCAUAGUCCAUUAGAGAGCUCCACACCUCAAGGGGAGGACUUCCCCUCCCUUAUCAACCCACCAAAGACUAACACGGAUGAGGCUCGCAACACCCCAUCCCAACAGCGCAGUCCUGUUCUAUCGUUGGACUGGCUCACCCCAGACCGGAUCUCCAAGCGUUCUUCAAACUCUCUGGACCUCAACGCCAAUGAGAAUGAUGUUUCUGAGCACAGCGGCUCAGAAAGCACGGAAGAAGUGGAGGAGCGAAUCAGCCAAUCCGAGGCACCGGGUCGCCAAAACCUCAACAGGGUUUUCAACCUCAGUGCAAACAAGAUGUUUGAUCUGCUCUUCACAGACUCCAGCUUCACUCGCAGGUUCAUGAGUAUCCGUAAGAUAACAAACGUCAGCUUUAACGCCUGGCAAAAGGACAGCUCUGGGAACAUGAAGCGGACUCUGAACUACACCAUAGCCAUCAAUAACCCACUGAUCGGGAAGUUCUCUGCUGUCACAGAGACCCAGACUUUGUACAAAGAAUCCAGAGAUGGUCGGUAUUACCUCCUGGAUUCGGAGGUGUUCACUCACGACGUUCCCUACCAUGACUACUUCUACACGAUAACCCGGUACUACAUCGAAAGCCUUUCCAAGCGGAAGUGUCGACUUAGGGUGUACACUGAUGUGAAGUACAGAAAGCCAACUUGGGGCCUGGUCAAGUCCUUCAUCACAAAAAACUCCUAUAGCGCCAUCGAGGAUAAUUUCAGACAACUGGAAGCGGAGCUGCUGGAGGAAGAGGCAGAGAUGAACCAAGCAGGUGGAGAGUCGGGAAAGAUGGGUGGGCUCCGGAGGAGGAGGAGAACUUACAGCCGGACUCUGCAGGACCACAUGAAGCCCAACAAGCAGUUUAGACAAGAUCUUGAACCCAGAGAUGAAAACAUGGGUCCCAUGGAAAUGACGGGCUCGUACCGACUGAACACAACAACAAUAGUGGCGGUCAUGAGUGUGAUCUUGUUGACUCUGAUCGUGCUGAAUCUGGGCCUGUUCUUUAAGCUGUGGGCCAUGGAGGAUGUGGCUCACCGCAUGUACCUGACCACAAAGCAUCGACUGAAGGACAGACUUGAGGCCAGAUUGGCACCUGAAUACGGUCCCAAACGAGGACCAGGGUACGGUACCAACGAGGACCUGCAUCUGUUAAAAACUGUCCUGAAGGACUCCAUUCAUCUUUUAGAACAGCUUCGCAGCUCCCUCAUGAUCCUCCAGAACAGCUUUGCCUUGGCCAAUGAAACUUCAACACCUCAGUGAUUUUAAACGCCAUCAGACUGCACAGAAACAUAAACUGUUCGCUGCAGCAAACUGCCUCAGAUGAAAUCCAUGGUGUGUUGCCAUGUUUGCGUCCCCAGGUGUGUCGUGUUGCCAGGAGUUUUCAGAUGCCAGGAUGACUGAAACCUGUAAACGGACUCAUCAGGAGUAAAAAGUUGCAUCAGAAUGGAAUAGCAGCUGGUUUGGACUUCUUGUGAGGUGCAGUUUUUUGGCUUUUGUUUUUAAAUUUGUUCUUAACUACUAGCAUGAGAUAUCUUCUGCGACACAGAAUAUUUAUUGUGCUGUGCCACAUGCAAGAAAAUGCUUUAAAUAUUUUUAACUUGAUAUGUAUUUAAAAUAAUUUUUGUACAUAUUUUACUUUUUUGCACUAGUUUUGUGAAUGCAUGGUCGAAUUAGGUUUUUUUCCAAUAAAAACUGUUGAUUCAGUGA